CUUAAACCCAAACCCGUCUGCCAUCUGCACUGCUCACGGCACAGGCACACGACUCGCACGCCUCACUACCUCAUCUCCAACUCUGAAUCCAGAUGGCGCAGGUGGUGGCGGCAGCGGGCGCGGCGGGAGCGGCCAGGCCGCUCGGCGGCGCAUCUGGGGCCGACUCGCUCCGGCCCGUGGCGAGGCUGCCCUUCGGCCCGCGCGACGCGAGGGAAAGGUGGAGCGGGAGCGUGGCCUCCAGGGGUCGACGUGAGCACCCGGUCGCCUCGGUGAUUAGCGCCGAUGCCGAGGUGAUGCCGGUGUCGGCCGACGACGACGCGGUCGUCAAGGAAGAAGAAAAUUUCCAGCAUCUUAAGGCUGUCCAGCAACUAGCAACAGCAGCCAAUGGUGUGUGGUCUAAACCAAAUGUUAGGCGCAAGACAAAGAUUGUGUGCACAAUUGGUCCCUCAACUAACACGAGAGAGAUGAUCUGGAACCUUGCCGAGGCUGGCAUGAAUGUGGCUCGGCUUAAUAUGUCACAUGGAGACCAUGCAUCACACCAGAAAGUUAUUGACUUGGUGAAGGAGUAUAAUGCUCAAACGAAGGACAACGUGAUUGCGCUUAUGGUUGACACCAAGGGCCCAGAAGUUAGGAGUGGAGAUUUGCCCCAGCCUAUAUUCUUGGAAACUGGCCAGGAAUUCACCUUCACAAUUAAGAGAGGGGUUGGGACUGAGACAUGUGUUAGUGUUAACUAUGAUGACUUUGUUAAUGAUGUAGAAGCCGGUGACAUGCUCCUUGUGGAUGGAGGAAUGAUGUCAUUUCUGGUCAAAUCAAAAACCGAAGAUUCUGUAAAAUGUGAAGUUAUUGAUGGAGGUGAAUUAAAAUCCAGGCGUCACCUGAAUGUCCGUGGCAAGAGUGCAACCUUGCCAUCAAUCACCGAUAAGGACUGGGAUGAUAUUAAGUUUGGAGUGGAAAAUCAGGUUGACUACUAUGCUGUUUCUUUCGUCAAAGAUGCUCAAGUUGUGCAUGAAUUGAAGGAUUAUCUCAGAAGCUCGAAUGCGGAUAUACACGUAAUUGUGAAAAUUGAAAGUGCAGAUUCUAUUCCAAACUUACAUUCAAUCAUUACAGCAUCUGAUGGGGCUAUGGUUGCCAGGGGUGAUUUGGGGGCUGAACUUCCUAUCGAGGAGGUACCAUUGCUGCAGGAAGAAAUUAUUAGAAUGUGCAGAAGCAUGGGAAAAGCUGUCAUUGUCGCCACUAAUAUGCUGGAAAGCAUGAUCGUUCAUCCAACUCCAACCCGUGCAGAAGUUUCAGACAUUGCUAUAGCUGUUCGGGAAGGUGCUGAUGCAGUUAUGCUUUCUGGGGAAACUGCACAUGGAAAAUUUCCCUUGAAAGCUGUCAAGGUCAUGCAUACUGUUGCACUAAGAACUGAAGCAACUAUUAUUGGCGGGGAAACACCGUCUAACCUUGGUCAGGUGUUCAAGAACCACAUGAGCGAAAUGUUUGCCUACCAUUCAACAAUGAUGUCCAAUACACUUGGUACAUCAAUUGUGGUUUUCACAAGGACGGGAUUUAUGUCUAUCCUACUUAGCCAUUACCGGCCAUCUGGCACCAUAUUUGCCUUCACAGAUCAGGAGAUAGUUAGACAACGACUGGCUUUGUACCAAGGUGUAUGUCCAGUUCACAUGGAAUUUUCUGAUUGUGCUGAGAAGACAUUUGCUGAUGCUUUAUCUUACUUGCUGAAGCAUGGUAUGGUGAAGGAAGGUGAGGAGGUUGCACUCGUUCAGAGUGGCAGACAACCCAUCUGGAGGUCGCAGUCCACCCACAAUAUUCAGGUUAGGAAGGUUUGAUGAGGAAUGCCCAUUUGCACGACCAGUAACGGAGGUAUUUGCUGUGAUUGGGGCAAACACGAAGGUCCGGUUAUGAUGCCAUGCCGGCAUUACUGUCCUUGAGCCAUGAGCUUGAUAGCAUGUGUACUACGUAGAUUUGUUGUUUGAGAGCGAGUGUUGUGAUUCUAUUCUCUCUUUCUAUUCUCUCUUGCUGUUUACUACUCUUGCGUGUAAAAUGAUUCAGACCAAUCAUUUCCUCUGUCUGUUUUUAGCUGUAGCUUGGGAGUGCUGUAGGGUUCUUUAUUUUGUAAAACAAUUUAUGCAUUAAUACAUUACAAGGACUUGUUCGACAGGAA